AUGUCGCAAAGCUCAAACGGUCAGUACAACUUGGCCAAGUUUGCAUUCAACAUCUACGGCACGCUAGGAACUUCGCAAUCGACCGAGUCGGGCUCAAAUAAUUCGUCUGUAAGCUCGAGAGCUUCGAAACAGCUGCUACAUUACCCUCCUCCUCCUCCUCCAGUUGCUACUCCAGCUGCUCCUGCCGCUGCGCUGGCAAUUGCACAGCGACUCACAUAUAGCUUCGAUCGAGAUGUCCAGGCCUUGGGACAACUAAACUGCGGGAUCCAAACUUCAAAUCACACCUCGGGCAACGAAAUAGUCCACCAUGCCGUGAUUGGUGGUAAAAACUACCUUCGUCUCCUUUGCUUGAGCCGCGACCAGCAACAGGUCUUGCAAGUGGUCAAUUUGCAAGAUACAAAGUCGCUCUACUACCGGUCUCUGAGCAAAUUGUGCAAUGUCAAUACCAUCAAAACCCGUCUGAACACCAUCGCGUGCGGCUUGUCGAACGGGGCCAUUUCCAUCUACAAAGUGUCGCCCUCGGGCAAAGGUAAGCUACAGGCAAUGUUGUCCGACCACAAGAGAACUAUCAACUCGCUAGAUUUCAUAGACUCCGAUAACGUGAUAGUCUCGGGGUCUCAAGAUGGAACUAUUAAAGUGUGGGACCUUCGAGCCGCGGAGAUGAAGCCCAUGUACACUUUUCAGCCGAAUUUGCACAACGACCCCAUUCGAGCGUGCCAAUACUCGCCUUACUCCUCAGUACGCAACAAGACAUGCAUAUUGUCGGUGCACGAUUCCGGAGCCUUGUGCAAAUUUGACCUCCGCUCCAAUUCGGGGAACAAUACCCCCGAGAGGAAAUGGAACUUACACACGGGACCCGUGCUAUCACUACAUAUACACCCGGAAAGAGAAUACGUGGCUACAGCGGGGAGAGACCACAAAAUUUGCAUUUUCAAUUUCAGCGACAAUCGAGCCGCGGGCAGAGCUGCGCCCGACACCAUCAUCAACACUUAUGGCUCGAUAUUGAAAGUACGGUGGAGCACCUACCCUAACUAUGACGACUCCUCUCGAAUGUUGGAGGAUUCAACCCACAAUUCACUAGCGAGCUAUGACCUCGCGUGCCUGUAUCUAAAUGACGAUCCAACAAUCACCAUUUUCAAUUUAAACAGGAAAUACGUCCCCAAGCAAGUCAUCAACUCUUAUACGCAAAAGGCAUUUUCCAAUUUCCUAUGGGCGCAAAAUGAAUUGCGUGGACGCAGAAUCUGGACCUUGAACAAGUCCAACCAGUUCCUGGCGUUCAACCUCGAUUCGAAUUUCGACUCUGAGAUCAAGCGGCCGCUCGAGGAUUUGGACACGAUGGGGAUGAGUUGGAAUGGCGAUGAUGAUUUCAUGAUGGUGAAUCAAGGCAGGGACGACUUUGAAGUCUCGGAGGAUAUCUCGGAGUUUGAAGAUAUUUUCCAAGAAACUGACAAACCUGGAAGCUUUGAUUAUAGCGAAAGUGAUUUCAGGUUUAUGAAUAGUGUGGGAGCCAACACCAACUCGUUUGAGAAGCCGCCGCUCGUGAGGUCAUAUACUCUGAACCCCAUGUCGCAAUUUGGCGUCAAAUCGCCGUCGCCAAUCUUACGACCUUCCAGUGGCAUCGAUGCUAAAUCUUCGUCGACUACUAGCUACGGCAAUGCAAACCGACCGAGACUCGUUAGGAAUCUGUCGCAGAGCACUCAGGAGUCGUCUUUGUCCUACGCGUCUGCUCCAAACAGCGCCAAUCUCGCGCGUAAGAGGCUCUCUAGAAGCUUUUCAUUGACAAUUUCACCCUAUGCCAUACCAGUUCAGUUGCCAUUCAACCAAGAGGAUGUUUUCAGAUUCUUGUCUACGGAGUAUUUGGUUGAUGUGCCUGAGGGGUUCAGCUUGAGUGGCACGUGCUCGAUCAACGCGCAAGCAGCAAGUCAGGUGAGCGCGAACCGCACUAGUCAAGUAUGGAGGCUUUUGAGCGUCGCGUUGGAAGAGGAGAUGACCACCGAUGCAGAAAUUGAGAUUGAUGAGCAUGCUAUAGAGGAUUUACCUGCGGGUGAGGAGGCAAAACGAGGAGGAGGAGAAGGAGAAGGAGAAGGAAUUGGAGAAGAAUAUGGAGGUGGAAAUGAAAAUGGAAAUGGAAAUGGAAGUGGAAAUGGAAGUGGAAAUGGAAACGGGUUGCGUCACGAUAGUUUUGAUGUCAAAUCGAUCCAGUCCGAUUUGGGCAAUGUUGUCGGCUCAUUCAAUUCAAACUCGACGCUGACCAACUACGGCCAGAAUGGACCCGGCUCGGCGAGUGGCCACAUGCGUAGCUCAGCGAGACACCGUGAUAGCUCGGUAACCAAUGUUGUGGACGUGGCUCUCCAUAGCAGGGCCAAUAGCAGAAGCAGACUAAACAGUAGGGCAAAUUCCUUUUCGCGUCUUUCCAAAAUGGAAAAGACCGACGAAAACGAAGAUGGUGUUGUUGAUGUUGUUGAUGAUAAUCAUAAUGAAAAACGUAAUAAUGAUGAUAAUGGUAAUGCUGCUGCUGCUGAUGCCAUAAGUCAGCAUUCACAGGCAAAACCUGUUGACAUCAAUAACCCGCAAAUAACCAGUCUCGAGCUUGAGAAUACAAACUUAAUGAAUUCGGUAUUUCUCAAAUCGAGCCCAACUUCAAUUGGGAUUGCCUCGAGCCGUUCUUUUUCAUCGUUGGCUUCUUCGCCCGUCCAUGGUCGAGGUGUCCUCCUAAACAAACCCGUUGCGUUGGAAGCUGAGAAAUUGCCUCAAGAAUUGCCAUUUCAGAGCUUAAAUUUGAAUUUGAAUACAAAUUUGAGUGCAAAUUUGAACAAAGUCACAGGUUCAAAAAUCCCAUCCAAGCCCGGAUUAACGCAGGCUCUUUACAAAUCUGCCCAAUCUGAAGUCUGGGGGUUCAAACCGUUGUUGAAAAAGGCAUUGGACUACGCCGUCAUUCAAGGGGAUAUCGCGUUCAUUGCCACUACUACUUUGCUAUUCUACGAUAUGGCCAAAGACGUGAUUGCAAAGCAGCAAUGCUUAGAAUGGCUUUCCCUAUACAUCGAGAUAUUGCAGCGUAAAGGAUUAUUCGUGAACGCGGCAAAAGUGCUCAACUCGGCUCCAAAAGACGUCAAGGAAAAACUCGCCUCGUUAUAUUCGGGAGAUGUGGUGAAAUUGGCCUGUUCGCUUUGCUCAAAGCUCUUGGUGAAUGAAAAAUCUAAACAUCAACGGAGUGGAGAGUUUGGGUUUUGGUAUUGCGAUGAGUGUCACCAAAGACAACUCAAUUGUGUUUAUUGUCACGAGCCAUGCAAAGGAUUGGUCGUUGCCAUCAGCCUCACGUGUGGACAUCGGGGCCAUUUCGGAUGUUUAAAAGAAUGGUUUAUCAAAGAGGGGAACCCCGAGUGUCCCGGUGGUUGCGACCUUCCCGUUGUUGCGUGA